AUGCAAGGCCAGGGCGGCUUGAUGGGGCAGCAGCCCCUCCCAGAUAGCCAGUCUGGAUCGACCCAAGGCAUAGCUCCAUCAUUCAAGAGGAUCCGCGUCGCCAAUGGCCAAGAUAUUGACAAGACAUAUGCCCUGCUGGGCCUAUAUAUCAAGAAACCUGAGCUUGCCUUUACGGUCGACGACUUUGUUGCCGACGAGAGUGUGGGAGGUCGGCAAAGUUGUAGACUCUGGGGUGACAACGAGAUCGACCCAAGGUUUAAGCGGCCGGCGAUUCCCGUACAAGACGAUGUACAUAGCACCAUCGAAGCCUACGUGCAAGGCCUGCAGCUAGGAGAUGAUACCACGCUGUCCAUGAUCAAAUCCCUGGACUGGAAGAAGCGCCAAAUCAAGGGCGAGAUACCAGAUUCACCCAAAGGAUUCGAUCGCCAUAACUGGGAGUACGCAUCUGCAGCCAUGGUGAUCCUAAUGUCGCUCUGCAAGAACGUGACUAACCUCUACUUGGGAGGUGUUGGGUCCCAUACUUCACUUGGGCACUACCUCCAAAAAUCAAACUACGGACUCAUCCCCCAACCGGGACUUCAACGUGUCAAGCGUGUCGAGUUCAUACGAUCAGCUCACCGAUCCUGGGAUGGUCUUAAUUAUGAGACUGUGGAACUUUUGGGCUACUUCCGCUACUUCCACCGCCUGCCAAUGUUGGAGGCCGUCUUCAUGGACGGGGUGGCAGAGUACCAGGCACACCGUGAAUUAUUUCCCCCGGGAACUUCGAACCUUAAGAGAAUACGCAUAGAACACGCAGAUAUAUCGAGUGGCAUGCUCGCAACCAUCUUGCGGAUUCCUAGGAAACUUGAAGAGGUACACAUUCAAGAGGGCGGGCUUUGGAGUAUUGACGGCGGGUCUCCGCACAUUUCGGCCAAGACUCUCAGCAAAGCUCUUCUUGAUCACAAGGAGACUCUGCGGGUACUGGACCUGGAUGUUGGAAGGAGCUUGUUGGCCAUGAUCGGCGGCGCGCCCAGAGGCAUGGGAUACGAGGAACCAGACGGCCUUGAGGGCCUCGAAGAAGAUCUGGGCGAGAGCAUAAAUGACUAUUACGCCGGAGAGAGAGACGCCUAUUUUGAUCUAGACGAAAAGCAGUCAGACAGCUCGCGACCUCUGCUGGUCUAUCAGGUGGCAAGCACACGCAAAUACGGAUACACAAUUGGCUCAUUUCACGACUUUACGGCCAUGACACACUUGAGUCUCAACUUCAGAUUCCUCUUUGGACCGGGAACGAUUGAGGACAGUCCACGCCGAUUGGUAGAGGCCCCUCCUUUCCGGCUGAUCGAUGCGCUACCCCCGACUUUGGAGUAUCUCUGCCUCUACAACUAUGUAAGAGGCGAGAAUAUCGACAUUGAUGAGCUUGUGGACGAGCUUCUAAAUUACAUGGCGACACGGUUGCCAAGACUACAAACGGUCCGCGGAAUCCUUGAGACGGUGCAUAGUGAGGGUUCCAAGUAUAGUGAACAUGAUUCCGAAGAAGAGUUGUGGGAACAGCCAGAGCUUGAUCUUGGGUGGAUUGAGGCAUAA